CGAAUCCGCACCAACUUCACGAGCGUUCAGCUCGAAAUCUUAGAAAAAACUUUCCUAUCUCAUCACUAUCCGGAUACAAACACGUGCCUGAUACUAUCCCAAAAACUGGGUCUAUCUAACUCCACUUUACAGAUAUGGUUCCAAAACAGACGAGCAAAAUGGCGCCGAAAGGAGCACACAAAACGUGCCCCGGGCAGGCCCGCAAACAACGCCCCAAGGUCAUCAUGUAGUGGCCAACCAAUC